AUGAGCUCUCAUCUGCAUCGUUUUCUUCCAGAUGCAUAUUCAGUCUCUUCUAAUGACAACGGGGGCAAGUCUGAUUCAGUGGCCAACUUACAACCUCAGCCAUCCCUCAACUCCAUCCAGAGCUCUCCUGGCCCCAAGCGCUCGACCAACACCCUGAAGAAAUGGUUGACUAGUCCUGUGCGCCGGCUGAACAGUGGGAAAACCGAGAGCAACAUCAAGAAACAAAAGAAGGUGCGAGAUGGCAGGAAGAGCUUUGACCUCGGCUCACCAAAGACUGGAGAUGAAACCACUCCUCAAGGAGACAGUGCAGAUGAGAAGAGCAAGAAGGGUUGGGGAGAAGAUGAGCCAGAUGAAGAGUCUCACACACCUCUUCCUCCUCCUAUGAAGAUUUUUGACAAUGAUCCAACCCAAGAUGACAUGUCCUCUUCUUUGCUAGCUGCUCGACAGAGCUCCUCCGAUGUCCCAACUGCUGCGGAUCUUGUCAGUGCAAUAGAAAAGUUGGUCAAAACUAAGCUGACCCUUGAAGGAGGAUCUUACCGAGGAAGCUUAAAAGAUGCCACUGGCUGCUUAAAUGAAGGAAUGACGCCUUCAACUCCCCCACGAAACCUUGAAGAGGAACAAAAAGCCAAAGCAUUGAGAGGCAGGAUGUUUGUCUUAAAUGAGCUGGUACAGACUGAAAAAGACUACGUCAAAGACUUGGGAACUGUUGUGGAGGGUUUCAUGAAGAGGAUAGAAGAAAAAGGAGUUUCUGAAGAUAUGAAAGGGAAAGACAAGAUUGUGUUUGGCAAUAUUCACCAGAUCUAUGACUGGCACAAAGACUUUUUCCUGGCUGAACUGGAAAAAUGUCUUCAAGAACCUGACCGUUUAGCACAGCUUUUUAUUAAGCAUGAGCGGCGAUUGCACAUGUAUGUGGUGUAUUGCCAAAACAAGCCACGAUCUGAGUAUAUAGUAGCUGAGUAUGAAGCAUACUUUGAGGAGGUUCAACAGGAAAUAAGCCAACGACUAACCAUCAGUGACUUCCUGAUCAAACCCAUUCAAAGAAUAACUAAGUAUCAGCUUCUUCUCAAGGACUUCCUGAGGUACAGUGAAAAAGCUGGUCUGGAGUGCUCUGAUAUAGAGAAAGCAGUUGAAUUAAUGUGCCUUGUACCAAAACGUUGCAAUGACAUGAUGAACCUGGGUCGCCUCCAAGGCUUUGAGGGCAAACUGACAGCUCAAGGCAAAUUGCUGCAGCAGGACACCUUCUAUGUGACAGAGCAGGAUUCCGGCGUUCAGUCCCGACCGAAGGAGCGUAGAGUGUUUCUCUUUGAGCAAAUAGUUAUCUUCAGCGAACUCCUUAGGAAAGGUUCUUUAACACCAGGCUACAUGUUCAAGAAAAGCAUAAAGAUGAACUACCUUAUCAUUGAAGAAAAUGUGGACAAUGAUCCCUGCAAAUUUGCUCUAAUGAGCCGGGAAACAUCAGAAAGAGUCAUUUUACAGGCAGCUAAUCCAGAAAUUCAGCAGGCUUGGGUGCAGGACAUCAACCAGGUCCUGGACACGCAAAGAGAUUUCCUAAAUGCUCUGCAGUCUCCCAUAGAGUACCAACGCAAAGAGAGUAGCUCAGCGGUGCUGAGGCCCCAGACUGGUAGGGUCCCUCAGCCCAACAGCAGACCCCAUUCUUCUAUUCCAGUAGGGUCUGAGAAGCCUUUGAAGGCUACAAGCCGUAACCCAUCUCUCCCACCCCUGAAGAUAUCUACCUCCAACGGCAGCACAGGGUAUGAACACUCACAGCCCGGAGACAAGUAUGAACAAAGCAAGACUGAUUUGGGAGGGUGCAAUGGGACCUCUUCCAUGGUGGUGAUUAAAGAUUACUAUGCACUGAAGGAGGAUGAGAUCUGUGUGAAUGAAGGAGAGGUGGUUCAGAUCCUUGCUAUCAACCAGCAGAACAUGUUCCUGGUGUACCAGCCUGCAAAUGACCACUCUCCAGCUGCUGAAGGAUGGAUCCCUGGCAGUAUCUUGGCUCCCCUCACUAAAUCCACUACAGAUAAUAGCGACGGAAGCAUCAAGAAGUCAUGUUCAUGGCAUACCCUGCGCAUGAGAAAGCGGGCGGAAAAGGAGAGCAGUGGCAAAAAUGAAGCCAAUGGGCCACGUAAAUCCAAGGAUAUUCUGGGGAACAAAGUCUCUGUUAAAGAGACAAACAGCUCAGAGGAAUCAGAGUGUGAUGACCUUGACCCCAAUACUAGCAUGGAGAUAAUCAACCCCAAUUUCAUUCAAGAAGUUGCUCCAGAGUUUCUUGUGCCAUUAGUGGACAUCACCUGCCUUCUUGGUGAUACAGUGAUGCUACAGUGCAAAGUCUGUGGACGACCCAAACCAACUAUAACCUGGAAAGGACCAGAUCAAAACAUUCUGGACAAUGACAACAGCACAGCCACUUACACAGUGUCAUCCUGUGACUCUGGGGAGCUCACCUUGAAGAUCUGCAAUCUGAUGCCUCAGGACAGUGGCAUUUACACCUGUGUGGCAACCAAUGAACAUGGAACUGCAUCAACCUCUGCCACCAUCAAAGUUCAAGGUGUCCCAGCUGCCCCAAACCGCCCCAUUGCUCAGGAGAGAAGCUGCACCUCUGUGAUCCUACGCUGGCUACCCCCAUCCAGUACGGGCAAUUGCACCAUUUCAGGCUACACUGUGGAGUACAGGGAAGAAGGCUCACAGGUCUGGCAGCAGUCAGUAGCCUCAACUUUGGACACAUACCUCGUCAUUGAGGACCUGGCCCCAGGCUGCCAGUACCAGUUUCGAGUGAGUGCCAGCAAUCCCUGGGGGAUCAGCUUGCCCAGCGACCCGUCCGAAUUUGUGAGGCUCCCAGAGUAUGACUCUGCUGCCGAUGGUGCCACUAUUUCAUGGAAGGAAAACUUUGACCUGGCUUAUGCAGAGCUGCAUGAGAUUGGGAGGGGUCGAUUCUCCAUAGUAAAGAAAUGUGUUCACAAAGCCACCCGGAAAGAUGUUGCUGUAAAAUUCAUUAGUAAAAAAAUGAAGAAGAAAGAACAGGCAGCGCACGAAGCAGCUUUGUUACAGCACUUACAGCAUCCUCAGUACAUCACUAUCCAUGAUACCUACGAGUCUCCUACUUCUUACAUCUUAGUUUUGGAACUGAUGGAUGACGGUCGUCUCUUAGAUUAUCUGAUGAACCACGAUGAACUUAUGGAGGAAAAGGUGGCAUUCUACAUAAGAGACACAAUGGAAGCCUUGCAGUAUCUUCACAAUUGCAGAGUGGCUCACUUAGACAUAAAGCCAGAAAAUCUGCUCAUUGAUUUAAGAAUCCCAGUACCUCGUGUCAAGAUCAUUGAUUUGGAAGAUGCAGUUCAGAUCACAGGUCAUUACCACGUACACCACCUCCUUGGAAACCCAGAGUUCGCAGCUCCUGAAGUUAUCCAAGGCCUUCCUGUCUCCCUGAGCACAGAUAUCUGGAGCAUUGGGGUCCUCACCUAUGUUAUGUUAAGUGGUGUCUCUCCGUUCCUGGAUGAAAGCAGAGAGGAGACUUGUAUCAAUGUGUGCAGAGUAGAUUUCAGCUUCCCGCACGAGUACUUCUCUGAUGUGAGCCAUGCUGCCAGGGAUUUUAUCAACGUUAUCCUCCAGGAAGACUUCAGGAGAAGGCCAACGGCAGCCACAUGUUUACAGCAUCCGUGGCUGCAACCGCACAAUGGCAGCUAUUCCAAGAUCCCACUGGACACCUCCCGCUUGGCCUCCUUCAUCGAGCGCCGCAGGCACCAGUACGACGUGCACCCAGUCCCCAGUGUCAAGAGUUACCUGCUGAGCAGGCUGAACCCAGGCACGUAA